AUGCAGAUCAUUACGGCAAUCGUGCGCGUCUUCCAGCUCCUCUUUGCCAUCAUCGUCCUCGGACUCUCAGUAACCCUGGCAAAAGGCCAGUCCAUCGGGUCUGCGCCUGCAAUCACCGGAUACGCCGCGUUCACGGGCGGACUGGGCAUCGUGGCCUCGCUGGUCGGAGGCGCCGCGUUCUUCGUCUCGUCGCUCGACGGGAUCAUCUCAUGGGCCAUUGACGGGCUAGCGAGUUUGGCUUUUCUGGCGGGUGGAAUUGCAUACGCCGUCCUCCUCAAAGACGCCAACUGCUCCGACCCCGCGACGACCUGGGACAACGAGAUUCUCAGCGGCGGAUGUGUCAAGGUAGACGGUGAUAAGACGUGCUCGUUUGGUGGCGAGGACAAGUUGAAGAGCCGGUGCACGUCGGCCAAGGCGGACGCGGCGUUCAUGUUGAUUGAUUUUGUGGUAUGUGCGGCGGUCAUUGGGUGUUCGAUAUUCCUGUCUACCCGGGGAAGAGGAGGGAGUUUUGGAAAGUCGAAUUUUGUUUGA